AUGGUUGUGCUGAAGAUCAAAGCUUCUGAUGGCCAGUUCUUCCGCUUCCGCACUGCGGAAUGCACAAUGGAUGAAGUCGUGCAACAGCUGGCCUCAGUAGGAACGAGCAGAAAUGCCGCGGUAGUCCUGCCGGAUGGUUCGCGGAGGACUCUUUCACAGGAUGCACUUCGAGCUGCUGUUCGAGCUGCUGCUGAUGCUGCAGGUGAUGAUGAGCUUGAUGCUGCAGGUGCCGAGCAGGUUGUGAGGCUGGAGGUGGUUGAGGAGGAGGAUGAAGCUCUCCUAUCACCUUUGGCCUCUGGAAGCCCUAUUGCCUCGGAGUACACAGAGAGCAUGGAGCUUGGCCCUGCUGCCAGUACAGCAAGCACGGAGCCUGCUUUCGUCCAUCCGGUGAGCGCAGACGGUGACAGCCCCCAUGAGCUUCCAAGACCUUCGGCGCCAGUGCUGAUACAAGAAGCACAUCCUCCUGUGCAUGCCCAAUGGGUGCAACAGAACACUGAACCGUUGCCCGUGUACGCUCAGGUGGCCGAAGGCUUUUACCCGCAGCAGCAGGCAUUUCACGAGCAUGUGUCUCAGCAUCAGCAAGCUUUCCUGCAGCACGUCUACCAUCACCAGCAGGCGGUGCAAGAACACAUGGCUCAGCAGCGUCACGCCAUUCAUCAGCAUCAGCAGGCAAUCAGGGAGCACGUGCGUCAGCAGCGGGAGGCCGUCCGGGAGCAAGCACUCCGGCAGAGGGAGGCGAUUCGAGAACAUGCUCGUCAGCAGCAGUGUGCUUUCCAACAACAUAUGCAGCAGCAUGUCGCGGGCCUGCAACCCUUUCUGCAGAAUCUUCCGCAGCAGCUACAUCAAGUCCACCAGGACGUGCAGAAUCACGUGCAAGCACACUUGCACAAUAUGUUCGGCAGCAAUGCGCAGAGCAAUGUGCCGCCUGCCGGGGCAAACCAUGCUGACUGGACGGAGUCCAUGGGUCCUGCGGAGGGACCUAACAUGUAUGUGCAUCCUCUACACCUGGAUGGGCAGCGCCGGCACCUCAAACGGUGGAUGCUCACCGGCUCCAUCCACCUGAACAACAGCGACCUCAUCCUUGAAGACAGCAUGGUGACAGGCAGCUUGCACCUCAUGGGGCAUUCCCGUGUUCUCCUACGACGCGGAAUGUUGACCGGGAGC